AUUCCCUGCGCGUUCUUCACCCGAUACAUUAGGGUUUCUCCGCCGCUGGUCCGCCUGCCCACGCAUCUCCGCUAUCCUUCGUCUGAGCCAAUGGCGAUCCAGCAACAGGAGGUUAAGCUCUUCAAUCGCUGGUCCUUCGAUGAUGUCGAGAUUAGUGACAUCUCGCUUGCUGAUUACAUUGCUGUGACUCCUCCAAAACAUGCAACAUAUCUCCCACACACUGCAGGAAGGUACUCUGCUAAGAGGUUCCGCAAGGCACAGUGCCCAAUUAUUGAAAGACUCACCAAUUCUUUGAUGAUGCAUGGCCGGAACAAUGGAAAGAAGCUUAUGGCUGUCUGCAUAAUUAAACAUACUAUGGAGAUUAUUCAUUUGCUCACCGAUGCAAACCCUAUCCAAGUCAUGGUUGAUGCGAUCAUUAACAGUGGUCCAAGAGAAGAUGCUACUCGAAUUGGGUCGGCUGGUGUUGUCAGGCGUCAGGCAGUUGAUAUCUCCCCGCUGAGGCGGGUUAACCAGGCAAUUUACCUCCUCACUACUGGUGCACGGGAAAGUGCUUUCCGAAACAUCAAGACCAUUGCUGAGUGCUUGGCUGAUGAGUUAAUCAAUGCAGCAAAGGGUUCCUCCAACAGCUACGCGAUCAAGAAGAAGGAUGAGAUUGAGCGGGUUGCCAAGGCAAACCGUUGAGAUGUUCUUCGACUUACAAAUUCACAUUGGUUAUGGAAAUUUUCUUGUAGACUUGGGUGUCUUUUAAGCUAUAUGGGGAUUUAAACUCAGUUCUGUUUAGCUAAACUCUAGUGUUUUGGAUGCUCGACUAGAUUCUGGAUCCGAUAGUGUUUUCAUUCUUGUGCACUGUCUCAGAACAGGCAAAAUUUUUCAUUCUUGAA